AGUACUUCCAACAGCGAAUCGGGAAGAUUUCAUUGGGAUUCAGAUACAGUGCUUCCUCAAUUUUCGUGGAACUGUUUACCAAAGAACUUUUGUGACAAUGUCAUCAGCAAUGUCCACUGCCAAUGGGCUUAUGGUUGUCACAAAAAUUGUUCCAUUGGAGGACCAAUGUGACAUUCCCAUGAAAAAUGUUAUUUCAGAAUCUAAAACGCUGGCCAUGCAAUAUGAAAAAGUGCCUGAAAUGACCAGGCUCUUUCAAAAAAGCCAUCCCAUGCAACUUGGAAUCGUGCAGAUAUUCCUUGGAAUGAUGGCCGUGGUAAUUGGUGUGCUUGGUCUCCUUUCAUCUGAAUUCCUUGGGGAGGUCCCUCUGUGUCUAGGAAUAUUUGUUAUGAUAUCAGGAUCAAUAUCUGCUGCAGCAAAUAAAGGAAAGCAUUUUUGUCUGAUCAAAGGAACUUUGGCCAUGAACAUCAUCAGUUCUCUGUUGGCGCUAGCUGCCAUCGGAUACUUUUGCUGGGAACUGGCCAAGCAGCUACAAGAUGAAUGCAUAAAACCAGAAAGUGGGUACAAUUCUGAGUACUGGAAUUGUGAGGCAUCUGUCAAUGGGUAUAAGAAUGUGGUCAAUGGAAUGAAAGGAUUAUUAUUGGUCAUGGCCGUGUUCGAGUUCUGUGUUUCCACCACAAUAUCAGUCUUCUCUGUGAAAGCCAUCAGACAGCAUUCUUUUGAUCAACUGGUUGGUGAUGGAUCUUUUGCUGGCCUUAAUAGCACUGUUCCUCUGCUCACAGAAGAGGACCUCACUGCUCCUGCAUCUCCUUAAAGGAAACGAGGAGAAUUGUUUGCACACCAUUUCUAGACUCAUGUCAUGAUUCAUGUUAAUUAAUUGAAUGUUAAACAACGUAUAGCAGAGGCACAUAUUCUAAACUCUGCCUUUUUGUUAGUCUACCAUUAAGGCAUCUUGUAUGUUGUUCUAAGCUGAUGUACUUUGAUGUUUUUUUCAUCUUACUAGUGUAAUAAAGAUGAUAAUAGUUCUC